AUGGUGCAUCGCUGCCAAACCUUGUUGAUGCUCAAUGCUGACUUUGUUGUUCGCACAGGAGAGAGACGGGACUAUCGUGGAUCCUCUGGGGAGCCUCAACAACCUCAUGAUGCUGACGAGGCAGAGAAGAGUCUCUCCAGAUCAGAACACAUCAAUAAACACCUGCAGAGAUCCACAGGGAAGAGAACUCACUGCUGCUCUGACUGUGGGAAGAGUUUUUGUCAAUCUAGUGAUCUGACAGUGCACCAGAGAACACACACAGGAGAGAAACCUUAUAGUUGUAGUCAAUGUGGGAAGAGUUUUACUACAUCUAGCAAUCUGACUAUACACCAGAGAACACACACAGGAGAGAAAUCUUAUAGCUGUGAUGAAUGUGGGAAGAGUUUUACUACUUCUGGCUAUCUGACAGUGCACCAGAGAACACACACAGGAGAGAAACCAUAUAGCUGUGAUCAAUGUGGGAAGAGUUUUAGUCAAUCUAGCAAUCUGACUAAACACCAGAGAACACACACAGGAGAGACACCAUAUAGCUGUGAUCAAUGUGGGAAGAGUUUUAGUCAAUCUGGAGAACUGACAGUGCACCAGAGAAUACACACAGGAGAGAAACCGUUUAGCUGUGAUCAAUGUGGGAAGAGUUUUUCUUCUUCUGGCUAUCUAACUAUACACCAGAGAACACACACAGGAGAGAAACCUUAUAGCUGUGGUCAAUGUGGGAAGAGAUUCGCCUCAUCAGUAAAACUUAAAAUACAUCAAAGACAUCACAAAGGAGAGAAACCAUAUGGCUGUGCACAAUGUGGAAAGAGUUUUUUUACAUCUAGCCAUCUGACUGCACAUCAGAGAACACACACAGGAGAGAAAUCAUAUAGCUGUGAUCAAUGUGGGAAGAGUUUUGUUCGAUCUGACCAGCUCACAGUGCACCAGAGAAUACACACAGGAGAGAAACCGUUUAGUUGUGAUCAAUGUGGGAAGAGUUUUACUACAUCUGGCUCUCUGACUUUACACCAGAGAAUACACACAGGAGAGAAAUCUUAUAGCUGUGGUCAAUGUGGGAAGAGUUUUGUUCGAUCUGGAGAUCUGACAGUGCACCAGAGAAUACACACAGGAGAGAAACAGUUUAGCUGUGAUCAAUGUGGGAAGAGUUUUGUUCGAUCUGGCCAUCUGACAGUGCACCAGAGAACACACACAGGAGAGAAGCCUCUUAGCUGUGACCAGAGAUAAUCUGAUAAAAGAUCUCUGAUCAAAUAUCAGAAAAUGUAUAUAUGAAGGAGUUGUGUCAUGAUAUCAAUGAAUUAAUGUCACAAUGUAGAAUGUUUUAACAUUGUAGUAGGAGUGUUUUAAUGUCUCAAUGUAUCAGCCUGAGCUAUUUUAAAACACUUUUUCAACAUUUCAAGAUAGCAGUUAGUUUAGUUUGAUGUAAAUAAAGAUAGCUGAGAAGUGGGACUGUGUCAUUGUUUCUGACAAGAUCUCUCAUUGAUCUCGGGUUCAGCCACCAGGGGGCACCAAACCUCUUUGAAAAGUUCAUGUGAAUAGUUACCACUUCUCAGGAGAUGAUAGACUUAGCCUUUCAAAUGUUUUGUAAUGAUGGGAUGGCUAUUGAACAGAACUUUAAAACCUGGUUUUCUUGUAUGUACAAGUUCAUGAAAUCACACAUUUGACCUUUAUGCUCACUGAGUCUGUACAUAGUCAAAGCUUUCCUUAAGUUUGGGUCAGUCACAGUGGUCAGGUAUUCUGCCCUUUCUCCGCCUCUCUCCCUUUUCACUCCCCUCUCU